AUGGAGUCGUUAAGAAGUCGAAGCGAAGAAGGCGAGCGCAUAUCAGAAAUUGCUCACAGCCUCCCACCAAUACCUGUCGAGGGUUUUACGAGAGCUAUCCAAGCAGUAUCCUACCUUCUGUACGCUCUCGCCACUAUCAUCGUUGGCCUUCGCGUCUACGUCAGAGUCCAGCGCUCGGGAUCACAACGAGCAUGGGGUUGGGACGAUAUUUUCGCCGUGGUCGGAUGGUUCCCCUUAUGGCCGUCCAUCGUCUUCCUUACAUUCGCCACUCAAUGGGGUUUGGGUGCCCACGACAGCCAAGUACCCGACGGGAUGCUCCCCUACUACCAGAUCAGGGUGAAAGAAUACAUGUUCUACUUUGAGAUGAUCUACUUCGCCUCGUCGGUUAUGACCAAGCUCGCCAUGGCUAUCAUGAUCCUCCGGUUGAGGGCAACCAAGCGCUAUGCCUACAUCAUCUGGGGCAACAUGGCCGUGCUGGGCGCCAACGCGCUCGUAUGUCUGGUCAUCAUGUUUGUCAGCUGCUCGCCCGUUCCGGCGCUGUGGAACGAGAAACUCGGUUAUUGUCGCAUCAAACAAGGCUGGAUCAUCAUCAGUUAUGCAGGCUCUGUCGUCCUGGCCAUGGUGGACUGGACAUGUGCGAUCACGCCAUUCUUCAUGCUACGGAAGCUGCAGAUGCCAAAGCGAAGGAAGAUAACGAUACAAAUCAUUCUCAGCCUAGGCAUGUUUGGCAGUGCUGCGGGCCUAGUUCGCUUGGGUUACUAUCACGCUUAUGACACCGAAAAGUACCCCAAUGAGUCUCUAUAUAACUGGGGUUAUACAAUCCUUUGGACCGUGUUUGAGGGUGGCUUAGGCGUCAUUGCCUGCUCCUUGCCUCCGCUCGGCGUAUUCUUCAAGAAGUUCUUCUACAACUCCCGCGGUAGUUCCGGCACGAAAUCCGGCCCCGCCACAAGCAAUGUAAGUGGAUUUCCAAUAUUUCCUGCGGAACCUCAAUUUGGACUCGGCACUCAAUGA